AUGGGCGCGCUGAAUCUCGUCCCGCUGCUCAUCCUGUUCCUCGUCGUCGGCGGCAUGGGCUGGGUCGGCUACCAGAUCUACCUCUACUCCAACCAGCUCGCGGAGCGCGGCGUGCGCAAGAUGGAGAAGAAGAACGUCGUCUUCACCAAGGACGGCGCGCGCGUCGGCGUCAAGGAGGUCAGCGCCGAGCAGUAUGCGGAUAGGACGCAGCGCGCGUUUGUCAAGACGUGGAAUUCGGCGCAGGAUAGUCCGCAGACGGGGCACGCGACGAGGAGGGCGUGA